GGGGAAGAAAAAAAGGAAAACGAAAAGCGAGUGACGCAAGGCGAUGCUUAACAUCGGGUGCGUCCCGAUUCGCGAUAUGAUGGUGGUGGUAGUGUAGUGCUUUUAGGUCGUUACAUGUUGUUGCCUCCACUGGAUCAAUCGCGAGAAUGAGCACCGACGCCUCGGAAGCCCAUGAGGGCGGCGUGGGAGUCGUCGACCCUAAGUCUGACGAUCAAUAUAUCCGGUUCAGAUGUCUGCCUCCUGGCGGCCCGCUGAAUAGGUGGUCGCAUAUUAUUACGAGGGAACAUGAUUUUCCGGCUUCGCAGGCUAUGCUUUACGGCGCGGGCGUCCCGAAUGAGGAUAUGAUGAAGAAUGCGCCGCAUGUCGGCGUGGCGACGAUAUGGUGGGAAGGCAAUCCUGUGAUACUGGAGUUUGGAAAGAUCGUGAAAAGAGGCCUGGAGAAGCAGAAGAUGCUCGCUUGGCAGUAUAAUGCUGUGGGUGUUUCGGAUGCUAUUACUAUGGGUGGUGAAGGAAUGCGAUACUCCCUUCAAUCGCGCGAUUUGAUCGCCGAUAGCAUCGAGACGGUGACUUGUGCCCAGCAUCACGAUGCGAAUAUUUCUAUCCCGGGCUGUGACAAGAAUAUGCCUGGUGUUAUUAUGGCUGCCGCUAGACAUAAUCGGCCGUUCAUUAUGAUUUAUGGUGGAACUAUUCGCAAGGGUUACUCGAGCCUUUUGGAACGCGAUGUAAAUGUUAGCACUUGUUACGAGGCUGCUGGUGCUUUCUCCUAUGGCACGCUUCAAGCUAAGACGAACCCUGGAGCUUCUGGGCGAACUCCUAGUGAUGUGAUGUCUGACCUGGAGCAACAUGCCUGCCCUGGUGCUGGCGCUUGCGGUGGUAUGUACACAGCCAACACCAUGGCAACGGCCAUAGAAGCAAUGGGUCUGACACUCCCCGGAUCAUCCUCAUACCCGGCCCUCUCACCUGAAAAAGCGCGUGAAUGCGAGCGCGCAGCCGAGGUGAUCAAGACGACGAUGGAAAAGGACAUCCGACCCCGCGACCUACUCACCAAAGAAUCCUUUGAGAACGCGCUCGUCAUCACCAUGAUCCUAGGCGGCUCGACGAACGGCGUACUGCACUUCCUCGCCAUGGCCAACACGGCCGAGGUCCCGCUCACCCUCGACGACGUCGACCGCGUAAGCAAUAAGACGCCGUUCCUCGCAGAUCUAGCGCCCAGCGGACGAUACCUCAUGGAAGACCUGUACAAGAUCGGCGGGACGCCGUCCGUGCUUAAGAUGUUGAUCAAAGAGGGUCUAAUCAACGGAAACAUCCCCACCGUGACGGGACGCACGCUCGCGGAGAACGUGGCGGACUGGCCUGAUCUACCGCCCGAUCAGCCCAUCAUCCGCCCCCUGUCCAACCCGAUCAAAGAGAGCGGACACAUCCGCGUGUUGAGGGGGAAUCUAGCCCCCGAGGGAGCGGUCGCGAAGAUCACGGGCAAGGAAGGACUGAGUUUCACGGGCAAGGCGAGGGUGUUCGAUAAAGAGCACGAGCUGGAUACUGCGCUUGCGAAGGGCCUGAUCCCGCGGGACGAGAAUCUCGUGCUGAUUGUCAGGUACGAGGGGCCUAAGGGCGGCCCCGGGAUGCCGGAGCAGUUGAGGGCUUCGGCGGCGAUUAUUGGGGCCGGGUUGAAGAAUAUCGCGCUGGUUACGGAUGGGCGGUACAGUGGGGCUAGUCAUGGGUUUAUAGUCGGACACGUAACCCCCGAAGCAGCAGUCGGCGGCCCCAUCGCGCUUGUCGAGAACGGCGAUACCGUCGUUAUCGACGCUGUGAGGAACCGGAUUGAUAUUACGAAUGCCGAUGACGCGGUCCUGGAUGCGAGGAGGAAGAACUGGAAGCCGCCUGUUCCGAAAGUGAGGCGUGGUGCGUUGGCGAAGUAUGCUCGGCUUGUGGGUGAUGCGAGCCAUGGUGCUGUUACGGAUCAAUGGGGGGAUUGAGGGUGUGGUGAAUGAGCGGUUUGGACUGUCAUCCGUCUGUUGUUUAUUCUACCUGUGGAAGGGGGUUAUUUAUCCGUGGGAAUAUCUAUCUAUUCGUUGGUCUAUAUAGAUAGACACUUUAUCAAAUCGAGGAUCAGCAAGUGAUCCCUCAGCUAUGAGUUUCUCCAAGUAUAUCUCGAAGUAUAUACGUCACUCUGCCCAUUACAUAUAUAGCCUUGGACGCAGAGGUUAUGACGAGAGUUGAAUCAUCAAAGUAAAAUGAGACAAGGAAAGAAAAGAUAAUAGGGAAAACAUUUGACCAUCACAGGCGUUGGAUACUGCCUACGUUAGUACUUGGCCAUUGUGCUGACAAGUGCCCUCCGUACAGAUUCAAAUAAUUCAUUUGAUAAAUCUAGAUAUGAAUACUGUAGGUUAUGAUUGUUUAGGUAUUUUAUUCAGUAUUUCCU